CAACCGUGUGCGGGGCUGCAUCAAGAGAAGCGUGGCCAGCGGGGCAAGGGAAGGGAGCAGAGGCGAGCCGCGGAGCGCCAGCUGCCCCCGGCGGCACGGCCGGGCAGAGCCCGAGUCCCCGCCCCGAAUGACGCCACCGCCACCCGCGGCGCACCGCAGCAUCCUGAGCACUCUCAGCACCAGCUCCCCUCCACGCCCCGGUCAAAGGCCUCCCAAACACCAGGCAGCGGCCUGACUGGAGGAGCCGCCCCCGCCCGCUGCCGUGCUCUAGGCCUGACCCCUGAGGAGCGUUCUCCGAGAUCAUAACGAGCGCCAUGGGCGAGCCGGCGCAGCUCCCGCGGCCCGGGGUCGGCGUAGGAGUGGUGGUCACCAGCUCCACACACCCCAACUGCGUCCUUCUGGGCAAGAGGAAGGGCCCAGUGGGGGGCGGCACCUACCAACUCCCCGGAGGCCACCUGGAGUUCGGGGAGAGCCUGGCGGAGUGCGCGGAGCGGGAGACGCUGGAGGAGGCGGCGCUGCGCCUGCACAACGUCCGCUUCGCCUCCCUCGUCAACGCCGCCUGCGCCGCCAAGCGCUACCACUACGUCACCGUCCUCAUGCGGGGCGAGGCCGAGCCGGGGGCGGAGCCGCGCAACCGCGAGCCGGGCAAGAACGAGGGUUGGGAGUGGGUGAAAUGGGAUGAGUUUCCUCCAGCAGAUCAACUGUUCUGGCCCUUGCGCUGUCUGAGAGAGCAAGGUUACAACCCCUUUACAGAAGAGCUCCAUCACCUAAAAGGGUACACAGGAAGCCACCAACUAGGGUAAAAACCCAAUCAUGUGUUACACAGCAAAGGACAAACCUGGCUCUUGGUUUCGAAAAGAGAAGACUACACUGUGCUCCUUCUGCCAGUGUGUAAAUGUUACCCCUUACAAAACCAAGAAGGCGACAAAGGUUUCAGUGCUUCUGCCAAGCCUUUAAGCCUGCGGGCAGCUGUCUUGCAUUGCAGAACUAUUUCCAGCUCAGGCAGUUAAGAGCUGAUGCUUUAUUUUAUAGAAAACCCUUAAGUGUGUUAUCUGUAUGUAGGUGAGCAGACCUUUCAAAGCCAGAACUAGUAUGAGAGGAGAGGCUUACUCACUUGUGUAUCAUCCUGCUUUCCUGUAAUUAAAAAUCUUGGACCAAUUUGUAAACUUAGCCUCAUAGCCUCAGUUAAGAUACUGUCAUGAACAAAAAAAAUCACAUUUUACAGAUGAUGCCUUGUUCCCUUGCAGAGUCAUACAUCUAUGACUAGCAUUAAAGAGUGGCUUGUUGUAGGGAAUUAAAAUUACCAACUUCUGUUUGCAGCCUCAAGGAGAUUAAAAUUUAUCUGGAGAAGCAUUUCAGAUCUCUGCAGAUAAUGUGAUAAAUCCUGAUCAUUUUACUAAAGCCACAGUAAUCUAAUGGAGAGGUGUCUACAGUGUUCUACUAGGCUAACACAAAUAACAUUGUACAACCUAACCUCCUUUAUAGGUGUAGCUCUGUGGCAGUGUCACAUUUUUUGACCACGGAGGGUUGUCAGUAUUAAACAGCACAGAUGUGUGUAAUUGUGUGGCUAAUGGGGUUUGACAGAAUUGUUCCAUUUUCAUUCUGAUGUAACUAUAUAUCAGAGAUGGUCCUGAAAGAAAUCACAAUACACAAACACAAAACCAA